AUGGAAUAUAAUGAUAGCGAAACAUCUAACUCUUUUAACAAUUGUUUAACUUUAAAAAUUGCAGGGUCUACGAGGCUUUUAGUGGCUGAAAAGCUCUAUCCUUUAUUCCCUACUACUGAAUAUCGUGAUAUACCUCUUAAAACUGUUAGUGAUUGGGCAGAACGUGAGAUGAUCCGUCGACAUGUUAAUUAUAAGCGAUCAACUCUUAAUCUUAGUGAUAAAACUCAAAAGAUAUCUAAGUCUCGUAAACCAAAUGGAAAUAGCAAAAGAUUUAAGAAAAGAAAAUUGAUUGAAUCUAAUAAUGAAAUCAAUGAAGAAGGACAACAAGCAAGCGGACCAACUUUAUCAACAAAAAAUUGUGAGCAAAAAGAAAUCCCUCAAGUAAGGCGUUUUAAUCGUAAGCGUAAUAUAACACGACAGAAAAAUGAUGAUAAUGAACGAAAAUAUGAUAAGAUUCAAUGUAAUAAAUAG